CCAUUUUUCUCAGUUUGUUUUGAUCGUGGUUUUCGUAGCUGGAGUCAAGAAUAUUAAUGGAAAAUAGUUAUUAUUGCCUUGGUCGCAUUUUUGCAGAUUAUUGCUCUUUAAAAUGGUUGCAUAAACGGUUAACAUUUUCAAACACUACGACAAGAUAUCGGCCUUGAUUAUGGGCAAAUUAUCUCCAUCAGACAGUUACACAGUGGCACCGAUUCAUCAACAUGUCGAUUUACUGGACCAAUGCGUGCAGUUGAUCAACUCCGAAUGGCCUCGUUCCUACACUGCCCGUCUAUGGAGUCUGAAAUCUUCCAAAGAUACGUUACCGACGAGUAUGGUGCUGAUUGAUACCGCAGAAAAUGAAAAGUCAACUGUUUUGGCACACGCUAAACUAUCGCCGAUUCCAUCCGAUUCUGAGGCCGUCUUCAUCGAAACGGUCGUCGUUGAUCGGCGGUAUCGCGGAAAAGGCCUAGGAAGAUUUUUGAUGAACGAAGUUGAAAAACAUUGUUUUAAAACUCUGCGACUCAGAGCAAUAUAUCUUUCUACGAUUGACCAGGAAGGCUUUUAUGCUAAACUAGGGUAUAAUUUCUGCAAAGCAAUGAACAUGUUUGGGACUAGAAAUGCAUUCAAUACUUCCACAAAGAAGAUAUGGAUGAAGAAAACACAGCCCGAAUGGAAUUCUAAUGAUACACCCAGCAGAUAAUAUUUGUCCAUAGAGUGGGCGUCAACAAUGUUUCGUCACGAAGGACCUGAUGUGUGGCUUAGCAGAAUAGACAGGUAUUUUAUAGAACAGUAUGGAUAUUACAUCUAAUUUGUGUUCACUGGUAAAAAAACAUUAUGUGUUACAAAUUUAAAGGUAAAUAAAAUAUAUAAAUUUGCAGUUGUAUACUGUUUUAAAUUGUCAAUAUACAUAUUCCUCAUCUAUUAAAAUAAAUUCUUUAACUGAUUUCCUCGAUUUCCUACUCUCCGCAUCGGCGAAUAUUUGCGCAAGUUUAUAUGUGCUAAAAAUUUCUAAAGUAGGAAAAAGCAAUCGAUGAAGUACUGUACUAGAUUGAAAAUAGUGAGCUGGAUUUUUCUAUAAUGAGAAAAUCAUUUCUCUAUUUUUGCAAUGAAAUCUUGCGAACAGCGUGGGUACGUGGAUACUAUGAUUUCUUGCAUAAUUUGAUGCUGUUUGAGCAAAAUUUGGGUGACUGUUUUGUGGAAUUUGAAGAAAUGAAUAAUACAACAACACAGACAAACAGACGUAACACUUCUAACAAUUUACGAUUCAAAUCACUAUCAAACUUGAAGAAAAUCAAAUUUUGAAGAAGAUCGUUAAAUCGGUGAACGAUAGGAACUAUCAGAGUGUUACGUCUGUUUGUCUGUGACUACAACAUAGUUGCCCAAAUUUUUGCUCAAAAAGCAUCAAAUUAGCCAAGAAAUCAUAAUACCCACACGCAAACUAUUUGCACCAUUAUCGUGUCACAGUCGUGGCUGAAAGCCACUGAAUUAUUAUAAUCUAAAGUGAUAAGUUGGCUGUUGUAGUUAUCAUUUCUCUCGGCCGUCACAACAGUUCUGGCGUCGAGAAUGGCGAAUCCGGACAACAUUGCUGCUGCUGCUGCUGCUGCCGGUCGCCAUGCUGCUGCUGCCCGUGCUGCUGCUGGUGUUCCGCCACCAAGUUUCGCUAUGGAUCCCGUCGAUCGGUGGAAACUAAAAUGGAUGCGAUGGGUUGGAGAACGCGUUUGCCAUCUUCGACAUCAACGAAGAGGAGAUGCUGAAAAGUUUGCUGCUACACCAUGUGGGCGUGGGCCCCGAAAGCUGCGACAAAAUCGCCCCGGAGGCGCCCCGUGCAUAAACGUAUCGACAGAUUGUUGACACCUUUAAGAUCGUUCAAAAAUUACGUCCAACAUUUAGGGGAGGGGGGGUCUAGAAAAGUGUGACAGUACGUGUAUUAGGUGUAGGAAAAAGGCGAUAAAAAACUUGGACUGUCGAAGACAACAUGGUCACAAUAAGAGUAAUCCGCACUACUCUCACUUCAAUGUUGAACGACCAUCGCAUAAUUAUACCGACUUUAGCAACAUCAACAGACCUCACAGCUCAAACUUCAGCCACUUGAAUAGAACCCAUAAUCUCCCAACGGAUAGGGAGCUCCUGGAAGCAGCAAAGAAACGUUUCUCAAGGCCACCUUUAAACUAUCAACCGACCAUGCAAUUUCAAAGAGGGGAAAUAUUUAUUUAUUUAUUUAUUUAUUUAUUUAUUUGACUAUGUCUUCAGCAGUAGCUGUACAGACUGAGUAAUUAUCCUAUUACCUAAUACUAGCUUUAAACCUAUUUCUACUUAUUACAAAAUCAAACGAUUCAACAGUGUUCAACAAUUUAAAACAUUUCUCUAACGGAUUGUUCUGACCAAAGAGCGUCCGAUGUCCAGGGAUCCAAAACGACAACCUUUGACGAGUACGGCGUACAGGUACUAAGAAGUUAGCUUGUUCCAGUAGCGAAGGGCAGUCGAUCCGGUUUGUAACAAUAUCGAAAGCAAACAUUCUUUGCAGGAAUACUCGUCGAUCUUUGAGGGAUUCAAGUUUGAUCAGUUGGCGCCGCUGCUCAUACGGGGGCAGCCUUAGCGGAUCAUUCCAAGGUAAUCGCCGCAAAGCGAAACGGACGAAGCUACGUUGCACUCUUUCGAUAUGCAUGAUAUGCACUUCAUGAUGUGGCGCCCAGAUCUGGACAGCAUAUUCGAGCAAGCUGCGAACAAGCGCGCAAUACACAGCUUUUAGGGCAUACACAUCGCGGAACUCGGAAGCAUUUCGACGAAUAAAGCCUAACACAGCAAAAGCUUUUGCCGUGGUCGUUGUGAUGUGUUCAUUAAAGCUCAGCUUACAAUCCAUUAUCACGCCCAAGUCCUUAAUCGUUGUAACGCGUUCCAAUAUGACACCGUUGGCUGUGUACUCAAAGUUUAAUCGUCCCCGCGAUUUGUUGAAACUUAUUACCUUGCACUUCAGAGCGUUCAUCUCCAUUCCAUUUGCGACACACCAUUCUGCUACAGUGUCGACAUCUUGCUGCAAGGCGACACAGUCAACCAUUGAACUGACAACUCGAUAUAUCUUCAAAUCAUCUGCGUACAAAAGAUGAUUUGACAUCAAACGGUAAGUCAAGUCAUUGACAAAUAGGAUAAAAAUUAGUGGGCCGAGGUGGCUCCGGAUGGUGUUUCAAAAAGACGCCGAUUUUGCUGAUCUCAGUUUGACGUAUGCGGAUCUGUCUCGAAGAUAUGAGCGUAACCACAUUAUCAACCAAUCGGGGAAACCUAAGCGCUCAAGCUUUUUUAUCGCUAACUCGUGGGGAACUUUAUCGAAAGCUUUAGAAAAGUCGACGUAUACACUAUCCACUUGAGAACGCUUUUCUAAAGCAGAGUUUAGUGCACUAGCAUACACCAUCAGGUUUGUGGUAGUAGACCUAUUCUUCACAAAACCGUGCUGAUUUUGCGAUAUUAUCGGCUUCGCCGCAGAGUACAUACGAUUGUGAACCAAAAGUUCGAGCGUUUUGGCUAAACAGCUAAGAAUGGAGAUUGGUCUAUAGUUUCUAACGUCGUGGGAGUUGCCGGCUUUAUGAAUGGGCGUGACGGCGGACAGUUUCCAUGCUUCCGGAAAAACGGCUUCCGAGAGUGACAUGUUGAAUAUUCGGCAAACAGGCGGUCCAAAUGAUUCGGCGCAACGUUGAAUUAACGCAGGGGGAAGUUUAUCCGGUCCGGGCCCCUUGGACGAAUCAAUACAUUUCAGUGUUUUUGUGACUUCUUCUACGGUUAGUGUAGGCAACGGCAGAUGGAUGUUAAACGACGGCAGGGUUUCUAUCAGGUCCGGAGAGUUCGGCGGAGGAACAACAUUGUAAACUGAUUUGAAAUAGUCAGCGAGAAGCUCAACUGAUCCUUCUGUGUCAUGGCUUUUUGUAUCGCCAAGUGACAGUUCUGAAGGAAUGAACUGCGUGUCUUUUCUACGUUUGAAGAAACGCCAAAAAGCCGAGGGAUCGGUCUUGACCACAUCUUCAAUUCGGUUGAUGUACUCACGGAAAGCAGACGUCACAUUUUCGUUAUAUUCAACCUCGAGGUUUCGUAGAUGAUACUUGUUUUGGUCAGUACGGCUGCGAAGAAAUCGACGGCGAGCCUUGCGAAGAACGUUUCGUUGAUGUCGAAGCUCGGCAUUCCACCAAGGCUGGCUGUACGAGUGGUGCAAAUUAGGUCUGCGAAGAGGAGUGUGUCUGCUAAUAGCUGCGAACACCAGAUCGUAAAAAAUGGCAACAGCUUCGUUGACGUUUGCUCCGUCAAAUAAAUCGUUCCAAUUCAGCAAACGUAGAUCCUCACAAAGUGCUUCAUAAUCACAUCGAUUGAAGUCAAAAUCUUGGCUAAUGGGAACUGCGUCGUAGUCCAUACUUGCACUGUGGGCGGUCAAGCGUAAUACAAACGGUUUGUGGUGACGGUCAGAGGGUAAAAUACAGGAGGGCGCUUCAAUUAGCUCAACUUCUCUGCUAUUCUUCACAAAUGCUAGGUCAAGCAGUCUAUCGUUAGUAUUGCGAACGUUGCAAAUCUGAUAUAGUCCACUAGCUACCAUGCUUUCCACGAAUACAACCUCUUGCUCCGAAGACGCGUUAGUUGGAAGGUAAGCAUCGAUAUCGUCAUCAUAAGACUAGAGUAAUCGGGGCAGAUUGUAAUCACCAACAAUGGACUACCAGCUUGGUGCGCGCCCACAGUUGAUCAGCAGGAGUAAAUCCAUUUUAUUUUGUAUGGCGAAAAGCAUCUAAACUCGAAUUUCUCGAAAUGACAAGCUUUUACCGCAAAAUUAUUUGGUAGGCACCAAACCGGUCAUCAUUGUGCACAACCACUACCAAAUAUUUUUUCGAAUAAUGUGUUCCACUUCGAGAAAUACGCCUUUAGAUGCUAUUCGCCAUACAAUAUUUUUUCGGUUUACUUUUAGCGAUUUUUCGUGCAUAGAAGCUAGCGCCACAUCGGUCAAUGCGGAGAGUAGGAAAACAGCCAAAGCAUUUAAUUCAUUACAACGGAAUCUCCGCUGGCCGCUUUGUUGAUAAUUUGAUCCACGCAAUCGGAAAGAGCUGCAUAUUUACCAGGUUCGCUGUUAGGUCUUAAAUAGAUCCCGCAUACAAAGAGAGAAUUCGACGAUAACGAUACUUUUACGACGACUUGCUCCAAAGAAUCCGACCUAUCAAGGGCAACAGCUGCGCUAGAUAGUGACUUUUUAACAGCAACGAGCGUACCUCCUCCUCUUUGCAAACGACUUGUCGCACAGUUUCGGUCACAGCGGUAGACAUUGUAGUUAGAUGACAGCUCAGCGUUAUUCACGUCGUUGCACAGCCAUGUUUCGGUCAGCACGAUAAUGUCCCAGUCACAAGUAGCGGUUUGCAGGAAAAACUUAUUGGUUUUGGUACUCAUCCCACCAACAUUUUGGUAGUAGAUGGUACAUGGAACGUUCACUCUAUUCGAUGGAGGAGGCGAGUUGACGACGUGGGGCGAUGAGAUUCCAAUCUCUGAAGGGAGCGAACUAUCGAGGUGAGCAGGUUCCUCAGGAAUAGCCAGUUCCACCGAAACUAACGAUGGAGGACUGAUGGUCCUUUCGGUGUCUCGGACAAAACCGCAAGGUUGGGUGUCGCGGUUGCAGGUCUCCAAAAAAACUGCUUAUUGCUCCUACUAUCUUCGAAUUCUCGAAAACGGAUCCCGCGUGGCCAGGUUUCCGAUGCUAGAGCAGUAGACUUGAGUUCGAGUGGCACACCAAUUUUGUACGACACAAAUGUUAACGUUCUAAUGUCUUUACCACGAGGGAUUAGUUUUGUCACCUGCAGAUUUUUUGUUUUCAACUGGGAUUCUACAAGCUCGACAACUUUGCUCUCAGGCACCUCAGGCAAAAUACCUGACAGGUACAACCAGAAUUUGGCGGAAUCUUGCUCAGCAGCUUCUGGGACAACCAGAUCGGCGAUAGCAGCACUCGUUCCAACGCCGCACAUAGCUUUUGCUGGGCGCCGUGGAACUAAAUCAUCAUCAUCACCAUCGUUCUCACGAAGACGCUUGCUUCUACUUGAUGGUGCAUGCGGUGUAUGAUAGAGUGAAGCUGGAGUACGGGGCACAGAGUUGAUCAGGGUUUUAAAAUUAGAACGAAUUUCGGUUUUGAUGUCUGCCAGAAUCCCUGAUAAAAAGUAUCAUAAAAAUACGAUAAAUUUUAUUGUUACAACACCAUUUUUUCGAAAAAUAUUCACCAUUAAACAUAUUGUAAUUUACACAACACACUCACCAUCACCCCUAUUGUUCUAUACCAUUCGGCGAAUGGUAAAUGGCACUUUUACAAUAAAAAAUGGUGGUCGUUAUGUAUCUUAACCAUAAAAUUUUGAGAAAAUUUUCAUACACUUUUUCGCGAAAAACAAUAGAAUGUAUUGUGUUUUUAUGAGACAUUUUUAGGGCAAUUUUCAAAAGAUAACAAUAUAUCUUAAUGUUUUUUCAUUGUUCUUACAAUACAAAUACAAUUAAUUGAAUGGCGUCAAAUGAAUCGUUGUUACAAUAAAAAUACAAUAAUAUUUGUUGUUAUUUGUAAGCAGUUUUCGCUUUUGAAAAUCCAUAGAAUUUAUAUUUCCCGCUAACAUUUAUAUCCAUCAUUUACGAGCACUAACGUCCGCCAGAAUGAUAUGCACAUUUUAUGAUAAGAAUCAAACACUCUGAUGUAUGUCUGGUAUGUAUUGCUUGGCAGCUGUUGAUAAGAUCUAUCUUCAAUCUUUUCAAAUAACUGCCAAAUAUCACAAGUCAGACCUCAGGUCGUAUGAUUCAUAUCAUAAAUCGUUCACAAUUCAUGUGGCCAUCAGUAUCUGUAAAUGCUGGAGAAAAAUGUUACCGAGAAAUAUGAAUUCUUUGGUUUUUCAAAGGCGGAAUCUGUUUACAUAACAACAAAUAUUAUUGCAUGUUUAUUUUAACAUCGGUUCAAUUGACCCCAUUAAACUAAUUGUAUUUGUAUUGUUAUCAAUUGCAGUUUACUAUUUACUAGAUUCCUUUAACUUAUUGGAAAACAUUAGAAAAAUCAUUGUUCAUCUUUUUCUUGUCUUAACAUCCUCACUUGGCUAAACCUGAUUUUCAGCUAGUUUUCUAUAAGUACUUCCUCAGUUAUUCAUUGAGAGCUUCCUCUGCCAACACGGCUUGACGUCUGUCAGUUUUAGCGAAUAACAUUCGAUAACCGAAACAUCUACUGUACUCAAAUUUAAAACGAAAACUAUAAAAAAUGUGUCAAGUGAUUUUGUAUUUGAUUAUACAAACAUGAUCCAAGCAACAAUAAUACUUAUUGUUAUUCAUUUGUUACAAAUUGUUUUUAAGUGUAAUUGAGAAAUAAACUCUUUUUUAAUAAAAAGUCCAUGAGAACUUUGCAGGCACUUUUGCAACUAUUUAAAAACAACUUAAAUUAAUUUUUACUGAUAGUAACUUUAAAUUAUUAUAAAUAGAACUAUUGAAAAACAAUCGAAUCAAUCAGUCACUAAUAAAGCUAAUGUUCACUUAUUGUACGAACUAUAUGGGCUUGAUUUCUAUUGUAAAAAGUAACAAUAUAUCUACUAUGUGUUUUAUUGUGAACAAUAAAACCAGUCAUUUGUUAAUAAUAUUUACCAUGUAAAGAAUGGUAAUUUUUUAUCCGGGAUGCUAUCUCGAAUUUCAUUUUUCAUUGACUCGAUCACAGAUUCGUUUGCUUUGUUGACUGACACCAACGAGUUAGCAAAACGUGCUUUGGCGAUCAGGUUUUUACAAGCCGUGCACACCCAAACUAGAUGCAUGCAGGAACGAACUGAUGCGACUGCAUCUUCGGGUAUACAGGAACAUCGCAUGCAAACCACCGAUGAGCAGAAACCGCCGCACUUAAGGCCCCUUAGCGUGUCAUCGCAAAAUGGCUUCUUCAAAAUCAUUGACCGAAAUCAACUUUACACAACAUUGCACCAAUACAUAUUUGUAAAAAAUCGACGCUUAUCUUAUUCUAUAAAAUAAUCAAUUUCACACGAGAUAUUCGGCAUAAAAAUGUAUUCACACUACUUCAAAUACAAGCCUCUUUCCAAGUAA